AUGCCACUCGCUGCAGUUGCACAGUAUUGUGGUACGGCAAAUGUUGCCGCCAACAUUGAAAUAUGCUUUAAACUUAUGAGAGAUGCCGUUGUCAAAGGUGCUCAGAUGGUAUUCUUUCCAGAAGCAUCUGAUUUCAUAGCAACAACUACCAAAGAGACAAUCGAACUCACAAAGGCUCAUUCAAGGUCGUUUGUUGAGGACAUAAAGAAAGAAGCUAGGAAUCAGAAAUUAUGGGUAUCAAUUGGAGUGCACGAACAGAGUUUGUCUCCCAAUAAAAUAUACAACACUCAUUUGAUUAUCAGCGAUGAUGGAAUCGAAAUUGGCAAAUAUCGUAAAUUACACUUGUUCGAUGUUGACAUUAAGGACGGUCCCGUUAUUCUGGAAAGCACCAGCACUGAUUAUGGAGAACAAGUAAUCAGCCCUAUUUCAACUCCCUUGGGCAAAGUAGGGAUGUCUGUAUGUUAUGAUUUACGAUUUCCAGAGUUAUCAACCGAGUUGCGUAAGAGAGGAGCCGACAUUCUGACUGCCCAUAUUGGAAAGCAUAAUGAUAAAAGAGCAAGCUAUGGUAAUGCUAUGAUUGUGGAUUCAUGGGGGACUGUACUGGCGAGAUGUCCAGAGACUAUAAAGCCCAGUUUAGCUUUUGCAGAUAUUGAUUUGGAUAGAUUACAUCAGGUUAGAAGAGAAAUGCCAAUCAUGGAUCACAGAAGGGUUGACAUAUUCACUCAUUUGGCAUCAUAA